GUUUAACGGGAUAUAAUUAGUUUUCUCUUUGUAAAGAUGACUGAUAAAAUAGGAAUUGAUUCAGAUAGAGAAGAUCAUAGCUACAGCUUUGCAGGCGCUGGUGGUGUCUCAGGAGAGGAUGGCAUCGUGAAGGAACAAGAUCAGUUGCUUCCGAUCGCUAACGUUGGGCGAAUCAUGAAGCAGAUUCUACCUCCUAACGCAAAGAUCUCCAAAGAAGCUAAAGAAACCAUGCAAGAAUGUGUAUCCGAGUUUAUUAGCUUUGUCACUGGAGAAGCAUCUGACAAGUGUCACAAGGAAAAGCGUAAAACUGUUAAUGGGGAUGACAUUUGUUGGGCACUUGCAACUCUAGGGUUUGAUAACUACGCUGAGCAAUUAAAAAGGUAUUUGCAUAGGUAUAGGGAUCAGGAAGGAGAAAGAGUUAACCAGAACAGGGCUGGCAACCAUGAAGAAAAGCAAGAAACAUCAAAUUACAGAAGUGAACUGCCAAGGAGAUCUGCAGUUCCCUCAAACCCAUUGAAGUUCAAUGCUAUUGACAGGAGCAGCUCUCUCUCCAGGCCGUUUUGAAAGAUAUAAAGCAUGGUUUCCUGCAACUGAGGAUGAUUCAAAGUCAAGGUUUUUUGGAACUUCUGUUUAUAGGUUGUUGGCAGAUGCAGACAAUGAAUUAGAGAAAUUAAAAUAUCUGUCUUUUUCUAGGAUUGAACUUCUUGUUUAACCGUUUGAAAGAUACUGUCUGAGGGAAAAAACGAAAGAAAAAGCUACUGUUUGAUUCUUUCUCUUGAUAAUUUAAGAGAGAAUAGAGAGGAUGAUACAAGGAUUUCAGACAGGCAACAAAUUGUGAAAACCUAGACACAACCCAGUGAGCUAUACACACUUCAUUUUGCUU